AUGUCGGCCUUAUUCAGGAACAGGUUCAAACCUGACUCGUCGGGGGAUCGCAACGUCUCGACGACUCAAUCCGUCACGGCCAGCGGCGACAUCCAGGUCUCGGACGGUGAUCUGAAGUAUGUCGGUCAACAGGGGGGAAACAAUGCGCCUGUCGGGUACCAGGAGGCCAGCGGUGCGCCGGUCGAGGUGCAGAGUCCGUUGGGGUAUGCAGUUGGACCGGUGACGAUUUUGUUCUUGAAUUUGAGCAAGAUGGUCGGGACGGGAAUCUUUUCGACUCCCGCUUCGAUCCUCAAAGGCACAGGCUCCGUCGGUCUGAGUCUGAUCUUCUGGUUCCUCGGAUUCUUGACGUCCCUGUCCUCCCUCUCCGUCUACCUCGAGUAUGCUGCCUCCUUCCCCUCGCGCUCCGGGAGUGAAGUCGCCUACCUCGAGCAAGCAUACCCCCGGCCAAAGUACUUCUUUCCGACAACCUUCGCUAUCCAGACUGUUAUCCUAUCCUUCAGCAGCGGCAAUGCAGUCGUCAUGGCGAACUACCUCUUCGCGAUUGGGGAUUACGAAGCGUCGAAUUGGGAGACGAAAGGACUGGCCAUCGGAUGCUAUACGCUUGCGGUGUUAUUCGUGAUCUUCCAUACGCGGGCUUCAUACUUCAUCAGUAACGCUAUUGGCGCCAUCAAGCUGAUCACGUUGGUCUUUAUUGCCAUCACCGGGUUGGUCGUUCUGGGAGGCCAUACAUCGGUGAAGGAUCCUGACGCCAACUUUCGCAAUGCCUUUGAUGGCGAGGCCAGUCCUUAUGGUGUGACGAAUGCCAUGUACAAGAUCAUCUUUGCUUACGCCGGGUAUGAGAAUGCGUUCAAUGUCGUUAAUGAAGUCAAGAAUCCUGUCAAAACUCUCCGCAACAACACCUUCGCGGCGCUUACCGUGGUUGCCAUCCUCUACAUGCUCGCGAAUAUAGCGUUCUUCUCAGCUAUCCCUAAAGACGAAAUCAUCUCAGCCAAGACCAUCGCCGCCGGGCUCCUCUUCACCAAGGUCUUCGGCAACCACGGCGCUGUUCGCGGACUCAACUUCCUCAUCGCUCUCUCGUCAUUCGGAAACCUGAUCGCAGUCCUGCUCGGCCAGUCUCGUGUCAUCCGCGAGUGCGGACGACAAGGCGUUCUUCCAUGGACGAAGUUCUGGGUAUCCACAAAGCCAUUCGGAACCCCGGCAGGACCUUUCCUGGUCAAAUGGGGUUUGACGAUCAUCAUGAUCUUAGGACCUCCUGCUGGUGACGCGUUCAACUUCAUCACGGACCUGCAGAUUUACCCAUCCUCGGUCUUCAACCUGAUCAUGGGUAUCGGAAUCUACGUCCUGCGAUACAACCGCCAUCGUCUGGGACUCUCCAAGCCGACUUUCCAGGCGUGGAACGUCGUGCUAGUCUUCAACAUCAUCGUCCAGCUGUACCUGAUCAUCAUGCCGUGGUACCCACCCACCGGCGGUGCAAACGGCGGCGAUGUCUCGUUCUGGUAUGGAACGUAUAUCGUGGUGGGCAUUGCAAUCCUGGUCCUCUGCGCCCUGUACUACCUCACCUGGAUUGUGUGGCUGCCCAAGAUCAAGGGCUACAAGAUGCGACAGGAGCUGUUGCAACUCGGGGAUGGAGCACAGUCGCAUGUCUUGGUCAAGGUGCCUCUCGAUCAGCUAUCCGAGUUCGAUGCGACGCAUGAUGCCAAUGGGGCGAGGAUUGAUCAGACUCCGAGUGAGACGGAUGAGAAGAUUGGCGUUGAGGUUGCGAUUAAGGGCGAUGAGAGAGGCGUUUGA